CUUAAUUUACGAUGGGGAUUGAUAAAGAGAGGAGAGAGGACUUUUCUACACAGAAGUACUGGCAAGAUCGCUAUACAACCACCACCGACUCCUCUACUUUCGACUGGCUGAUCACCUACACCCAACUUGGGCCUCUGAUCCACGCUCUCCUCUCCACCUACAAUGCGCCACGGAUUCUAAACGUCGGCUGUGGAAACUCCACCCUCUCGCGAGACCUCCACGAUGAUGGCUUCUCGAAUUUGGUAUCUAUUGAUUACGCACCAUCAUGUAUCGAACAAAUGCGGCAACGAGAUCCAGAGCUGGAGUGGGAGGUGCAGGAUGCCACGAGAAUGACGUAUCCGGACGCUUCGUUCGAUGCGGUGGUGGAUAAAUCGACGCUGGAUUGUUUAUCCACGACUCAUGAUGAUUCAGCAAGACGAUACCAAGACGAGACUUUACGAGUACUGAAGGAUACUGGGGUAUGGAUCGUCGUAUCAUAUUCUGGAUACCGAGAAGAAGGUUUUGGAGCGGACUGGACCGUGGAAAGACACGAAGUCGAAGUAGACAGCGGCGGAAACGAGGGCGGUGUACAUCGGCCAACUGUAUGCAUGUACGUCUACAUCCUCCAAAAACGCGAACGAUGAUACUCGAUAGAUAGAAUGAUAGAUAUAGAUGAUAAUACUGUCCUGUCCCUCA